UAUCUAGCUUUGAGGUUAUCUUUCUAUCAAGAUUUCCGACAAAAAAGGAAAUUAUUUAGAAAUUACCCUUCCGUAAUUACUUAUAUAGUUCCAGUUGUUACAGUUUAGGAGAAAUGUUCAGAAAUUUAUUACCUCGUACACGCAUAAACUUGCAGAUAGUAUCCGUGCGGCACGCACAGAAAAAGUAUCCAAAAGUAGACAAAAAAUUCCAGGCUGCUGCGGAAUCUUUAGCAGCAAGAGGGUUUCUCCGACCAUACAAACCAUGGGACCCACCAGUAAAUAUUGAUGAGACUGUUCUCAAAAUAUGUUCCAAUAAUGGCUUGACACCAGAAUCAGAGUUUGACAACUUGGACACCAAAUUUAGAGUUCUGAAAGUCUGUUUUGAGGAGACUGGUCAUAGUGUGCCUAAUUCUUUACUUCAUACUAUUGAGACUGUUGCAGACCUACAAGAUUUUUAUUUGACACCAGUUGAUACUAGAACACCAUUUGAUGCAUUGAAAAAAAUGGAUGAUUUGCCCAAGAAUCUGCAUGUCCAGCAGGAUUAUGUCCGUUUCCACCCAGACAAGGAUACUCUAUUCAAUGGAAAAUCUGCCUUCCCCCAGAGCUCAACAAUUGUCACCGGCUUGAAGUACAAAAAGAAAUAUGAAGGAUACACAGCCAAAAGAAAAUGGCCCUAAACAAUAUCUAGUUUAAUUAGUUGUACGUUUCAAUGUUACAUAGCUUUUAUAGAUUAAAUUAUGUUGUACUAUAUGUUUUUUAAAUGUGAAAAAAGACUAAAAUAUGUUGCAAUCUUAUGCAUAAUCAUUAUUGUCGAGUUAGAGUUACGCCUUCAGAAAUAAAAGAUCGGU